AUGUAUACACCAUCUCAAGAGCUCCCAUGGCUUCCAGAUACAGACAGUGGAUUACUGGAUUAUUUGAAUUACUGGAUUAUUGAGAACUCCGAUUACUGUAGCGAUGACUUCGUCGGACACUGCGAAGAUUCGAAAGAGGUAACCUGCUUGGUUCUUCUCUCUGAACACUUAAUUACAUCAGAUUCAUUGAUGAUGUUAAGAAAGUCGACUGAGUGCGAGUCUGAAGCACAGGAGGAGACGAUCAUGACUACGCCAGUGCGCAAGAGAAGAGUUUCUCGUAACUCGAGUUCUCCCGAUAGUACACAAAUGAGCGAACAGAAAAUGCAACUGGGAAUUCGUGACGAGCGAAAGACGUCCAGCGACACCGAGUGGAUUCCGCCGCCUCCUCCUUCAUCUCCUACCGGGCAUAGGAGAGGCUAUCAUCACUGGAGAAGUAAGCCGCGUCUUUUUUCCCCAUUGAGAGCUCUGUUGGUGCCCCGUCUCAUAUAUGAGGAAGAAUCGCCGUGA